AUUUAUAUAAUGAAAAUGAAAUGUGACUUUCCUUUCACAGGUUUCACUCUGUGGGAGAGAGAAAGUAUCAAGACGUACCUGAGCAGUCAGGUUCAUCCCAGCAGUUCCUAUGAAAUCAGCACCUCUGACUCCUUCGAGUCCAAGUCGUCUCUGCUGGAUGUGAAUGUGUCUCUCAGAGCCAGUUUCCUCAGUGGCAUGGUUGAGGUCGGAGGAUCUGCUGGUUUUCUGAACGACAACAAGAAGUUCAAGAACCAGAGCCGAGUCACCUUCCAGUACAAAACCACGACUUUUUACGACCGGCUGAAUCUCUCACUUUUCCAAGCUGUGAAGCUUCAGGACAAAGAUCUUGUUGAGAAAAGUGAUGCAACUCAUGUGGUCACAGGCAUCCUUUAUGGGGCCAAUGCCUUCUUUGUGUUUGACAGUGAGAGGUUAGAGUCCAGCAGCAUUGAGACCAUUCAGGCCACAAUGUCUGCUGCCGUCAACAAAAUUCCCUCCUUUAAUAUGGAGGUCAAAGCAGACAUGAAGCUGACUAAAGAAGAAAGAGAUGCAAUCAAUAAGUUCACCUGUAAAUUCUACGGUGACUUCAUUCUGGAGAAGAACCCGACCACGUUUGAAGAUGCGGUGACGACCUUCUCCAAGCUCCCACAGCUCCUGGGAGAAACGAAGAAGAACUCAGUUCCUGUCAAAGUGUGGCUGACUCCUCUGGAGGAUCUGGGCGUUACUGGAGCCAAGCUGAAGGACACCCUUUCCUCCGGCCUGGUCAGGAAAUUCUGUAAUUCUCUGGAAAGUAUAAAAGAGAUGGAAAGGAGAUGCAGAGAGGCUCAGGAAGAGAAAGUGGUAGAGAGUUUUCCGCAAAUUAGAAAAAAGUUGAAGGUUUUUGAAAAUAACUGUAAUGACUACACAUCAAACCUGAGUCGGGCCAUUCAGAAGAAGAUUCCUCUCAUCCGGGAUGGGAAAGAAGAUGAGAAAUGUGUGGAACAGCUCCUGGACCAGCAGGAGAAGUCUCCAUUCAAUCACACAACCUUAGAUGCCUGGUUGGAUAAUGCAGAGAGAGAAAUCAACAUCAUCAUGUCCUGCCUGGACAUCAUGGAGGGAGUCCGGACCGUUCCUGAUGAGAAGAGUUUGGACCGAGAGGCUCUAGCUGCAGGCGUAGCCGAUCUCUACUGCUUCGUCUUCAGCUCUGUGGAAACCGACGACCCCUUCCUGGACCAGAUGACCAGCUAUCUGAGCAAAGACCAGACCAAACCUCCGCCCAGCGUCACUCCACCCAGGAAGGACCAGUGGUUCUUUUCAAAUGAAGUCGUAGCCAACAUGAGGAAAAAAGCCACAGAGUUCACUUCAGCUGCCAAACAGCUGGGGGGCAACCGCAGGUUUCGGUUCCUGGCAGCAGCUGUGCCAAACAAAAAGUUCACCGGAGGAACCGUCUACCAGUUCAGGGACGGGAGUCUGAAAACCGUAGACUUCUCACGGCCCGACGUUCCUGAUGUGACGGCUCCGUUAGACCGAAGGGACCUGGCUUGGUAUCACUGCAGCCUGACCUUGGAUCCAAGAACAUGCAACGGCUGGUUGAACCUGUCUGAUGGCAACAGGAAGGCAACAUGUGGACCCGAGCAGCAAUAUCCUGACAACCACCAGAGAUUUGAUGUUCACACCCAGGUUCUGUGUGAGCAGGCGCUGACAGGGCGCCGUUACUUUGAGGCUGAGUUUAGCACCGGACCUAAGAAUAAGUCCGGAGUCGCUCUUGUCUACAAUAGCAUGCAAAGGAAAGGAAAGGAAGUGGUGAGCAGCUUUGGAGAGAAUCCUGCAUCCUGGUACUUUGGUGUUCAUAACACUGAGCUCAGUGCUUGGCACAACGGUAAGAUCUGGAGCACCUCUGUUCCUGCUGGCGGCUGCAGCAGGGUGGGAGUUUACCUGGACUGGCCAAGAGGCUCUCUGUCCUUCUACCUGGUCUCCUCUAACUCACUGACCCACAUGUACACCUUCAGGGCCACGUUCACUGAGCCGCUCUACCCAGGGCUUUACGCUUAUCACAUCUCCAACUUCGCUUCCUUCACUCCAAUGUAGAAACAGAGUGAUUAAUGUGGGAUUCAGGCAGAUGAGACGGUUAACGGCUGGAAGUGAAGACAUGUAGUCAUUUAGCCGAGUCCAAACAGAACAAAGGGAUUUUAUCUGAUCUGUUGCAUAAAAAUCAGAGAAACUUUCCAAGAACUCAGGAUGAACUCCGUCUUCAGGGUUUCCACGCUGUGGCUCCAAACCUCACACUGCUGUAACUUUCAGAUGCAUCUCUUCUCUAACAGAACUGGGUCCGAUCGGAACCAGCUCUGCUGCUGAGGGAACCAGGGAGCCGUUUGGUUCUGGUCUGUUGGAGGACAAACGCAUCUAAAGGAUCCUGAAGACCUGAGCUUCUCCCCCUUACAGUGAAACUUAACCCAGGUUUUAUACCUCAGUCAUGAUCUCAGGAUGACGUCUUAGUUUAGUUAAAGUGUAGAUGGUUUUGGCCUCUUUCAGUAAAACUCUCUCAGGUCCGGUUGGACAGACUCUGGACGCUGUGCAGCAGCUGACCCUGGUCCUCAGGUCUCUGUCUGUGUUUCUAGACCAACUGGUUCCAGUCAUUAUGUU